CAAGCCCUUCUUGUGCGCAUGAGCGGAGGAGAAAUGUCCAGUUAUUAUGCAUCUCUCUCAGUUGUAUGGGAUACAUUCUUUCAUCGCGAUGCGCAGUCCAUAUAUUAUAGGUCCAUGGUCCGAGCUCCGCCGUCUCGGCGCCGUCUCGGGACUCGGGAGUCCUCGGGACGCGAGAGCUGGCGAGAGCGCGACCGCAGCGACGGACUUGUGCGCAGUAGCGCGCGCGCGGUCGAACGCCGUGGUGUGGUGAAAUCUUGUCUCGCGGGGGCGAAGGUGAGCCCCGUCAGCCGUGUGCGCUCCGAUGAUUGAUGCCCGCGGUCAGCUGUGGUGGGUACAGCUCUGUGCGCGGUCACGACAAGGCGAGGGCACGCCGCAGCCGAGCGAGAGAUGUGCGAGGACCGCGUGGCUCGCUGAGGGACGACGGCGACUCGCUGCUGCUGAUUCCGCUGGUUACGCGCGCACGGCCGAUUAUCGAGCGGGCGUGUAUUUACUCGCCGCGACACCGCCAAGAUGGUAGAGCCUAUCUUCGACUACCAGUUCCGGCUGAUACUGAUCGGCGACAGCACGGUCGGCAAGAGCUCCCUCCUCAAGUACUUCACCGACGGCAAGUUCGCGGAGCUUUCAGAUCCAACCGUUGGCGUGGAUUUUUUCGCACGCUUAAUAGAAGUCAAAGAUGGUACGAGAAUAAAGUUGCAAUUAUGGGAUACAGCUGGCCAAGAGAGAUUUAGGUCAAUUACAAAGUCUUACUACAGGAACUCAGUGGGGGCGCUUCUCGUAUAUGACGUUUGUAACAGAGCGAGCUUCGAGCAUAUUCCCCAAUGGAUGAUGGAGGCUCGCAGACACAUCGAGCCUCAUCGCCCGGUGUUUGCUCUGGUAGGCUGUAAAUUGGACCUAGUAACUAAUGGCGGUAGACGGGAGGUCUCCAAGGAGGAAGCCAGGGCGUUUGCCGACGAACACGGUGUGCAUCACAUUGAGACCAGUGCGAAGACCGGUGUAAAUGUUGAGGAGGCGUUUCGAACGGUUACGCAGGAAGUCUAUAACAGGAUACAAACCGGCGAAUACAAGGUAGAAGACGGUUGGGACGGCAUUAAAACUGGAUUCGCUAGGCCUGGUGGGUUAGAUUUUAAUCUAGUCGAGGCGGAACCGGCGAAAAGCUCGUGUUGUUAGGUCGUUACUUCGAUUUAUUUUUAGAAUAGCAAACAAGAUUUAAGAAUGCAGAUGGAAUCGUUAUUUCGGGAGACUAUGUUACACAUAUAAUUUAAUAAAUCAACGCGCAUAUAUAAGCAUAUUGUAAUAUAUACUUAUACUUACUUGUAUGUGUUACAUGUUAUUCGGGCUAUAAAGUUAUUUAUUGUAUUAAUAUAGAUUGCUGUAUAUUGUACACACACACACACAUACACAAUCUUUUUUACUUACGUGACAAGUAACUUCCUACUGCAUUCUUGUUUUAAGGGGAAGAUUAACGAUUUUGUUGGAAAUUAUGGUUACAUCUGGGCUAAAGAUGUUUUUGUAUAUAGCUUGCGUAAUCAGGUGGCUAAUAAAAUUCAUAUAAUUUCCUAGAGUGACGAUUAUACAAUUGAUAGAGAGAGAAUUGACAGACUUGUUUUCUCUAAAUAUAAGUAUCCUAAAACCAUUGAUCUUCUACAAGCUAUCAAUUGAGAAAACACACGUGUAGGCACACAUUUCGUGCUCUUUGAAUAUGCGCAUUUGAAAGUGUUGUGCCAAGUUUAUACCCUAAAGUUAAGCAUUCUAAAACGAUAGUAAUUGAAGUAGUCUUUCCUCUCCUCUAGUUUGAAAGUACUGUUCUGACAAUUAUUACACGUACGUGUCACUGCGAGAACACAGAGUAUCGAGAAAUUGCACCUGUUGCCUAACCAAUUUUCGCAAAGUAAUGUGUAAAUUGAAAUAGAAGAAAAUACAAACAAAUUCGACAGCUGUAAAAUCAAUAUCUUGAAAAUAUAAAUCUGUAUUAAGAGAAACAGAUGAUUGUAUCAGACGUUUCGCUGUUUCUCAAAACAUUGCGAUAACAUGUAUUGAUCCGCAUUAAUCCACGUUGGAAAACUUUUCACUAUUUCUAAGCUAUACAUAAUUAUGUACAUUUCUAAAAAAAUUCAAAUAGAAUAUCUCAAAAUACCAACUUUAUUCAAAAAUUUUCAUCACUUACGUCAUCGCAAGCAACACAGUUCUCUUGAUUAUUUCCAUGAACGGCUUCAGUCUUAAAAGGAACAACCGCCAAAAAUGUCUCGAUUUUUCAAAUAAAUUUUAUGCCAAAUGA